CAACAGCACGAUUCGAGAGCAUCUUCUUGAGUUCUUCAAGAAAACACUCAAAAGGGCCUGAAAUCGUGGUAUUUUUUACGUGUAUAGUAACUUUAUGACUAAUUUUUAAUGAUUGGUUUGGUGGCCCUAUAGAAUUGAAAGCAUUAUUGUUCAAUUUCAUUGAAUAGGUAACAAUCCAUAAAGUAAGAAGUUUCUAGAGAGUCUGAGGGUUUGAAAUCAGUAAUAUAGAAAAUUGACGACAUGCCUUUCUUCUUAAAAGAACUUUCUCUUACGAUCACGUUACAUCCAAGCUACUUUGGCCCUCGGAUGCAGGACUAUUUAAAAGCAAAGCUUUUGGCAGAUGUUGAAGGAACGUGUUCUGGACAAUAUGGUUAUAUUAUAUGCGUACUUGACAGCAAUACUAUAAAUAUUGACAAAGGACGCGUAGUUCCAGGUCAAGGUUAUGCUGAGUUUGAGGUAAAAUAUCGAGCGGUCUUAUGGAGACCAUUUAGAGGCGAAGUGGUAGAUGCCGUCGUUACUACUGUUAAUAAGAUGGGGUUCUUUGCCGAUAUAGGUCCUUUGAGUGUGUUUGUCUCAUCGCACCUUGUACCUCCAGACAUGAAGUUUGACCCUGCUGCCAAUCCCCCAAAUUAUUCAGGCGAAGAUCAGGUUAUCGAACGAGGAUCCAAUGUUCGAUUAAAAAUAGUCGGUACUAGAACGGAUGCUACUGAAAUUUUUGCCAUUGCUACUAUGAAAGAAGAUUACUUGGGAGUCUUAUAGACGUCUGUAUAAGCCCCUUAUGUGAAAAAAUUAACUCCCUUUUGUAAUCACAAAAAAAAACAAAGCCCGCAUCAUUUUUUGGAAUCAGCUGCGAAACAUAUGACAUAUCCUACAUAUAUCCUUGAAAGUAACGAUUUCAGUCUUUUACUCUAUUAUACUAUAUUUUCUUCAUCCCUGUAUGCUUAUGCUCUUAUGGGCUCAUGUAUAUGUCAAUUCCCUAUUCAAAUCAUAAUCUCUUAACUUCUGCUAAUUGAAUCUGUAUGUUAAAUGGCAUUUGAAUCUUUUCUAAAUCCGUGACAUCCUUUGAAAUUUACUUUUAUUUUACUGGUUAUGAUAUUAUGGAGUUACAGUAAAUAUAUAUAUUGUAGCUUUCUGUUACAGCAAGUCAAAAAAAAUUAUAUAUAUUAAACUAAAAA